CAUUUCAUCUUUUCAUGCAUAUCUAUAGCUAAUUAAUCUGUUCAUCAAAUAGAUCUAUAGAAUUAAGUAUUUCAAUCCAAAAGAGUAGCUCUUUAUCAUCUUAAUUAUCAUGCAAGGCCAACCACCUUCUACUGGCCGUUCAUGGUUCCGGUUGUCCUCCAUGUCGUCCUUAAUGGAGUCUCCACCUCAACCUUCGCCGGAGCAAUCUCAGCCGACAUUUUCUCCGGCAUUAGCUCCACCACCACCAUCACCAUCACCAUCACAACCGUCACAUGGAGGAUCACCAUCAACAAUGAAGUCAUCUCCCCCACCAUCUCCAAAGAUCAUCAAGCCUGCAACAAUGGCAUCACAAGCACCAAUUCCAGAGCCUGAAUCCAAGUCUAUGUUGGCUCCUCAGCCUGAGAACAUCUCCACACAACACAGCGCCAAUAUCGAUUCACAUAACAACAACAUCAAGUCCAAGAAUGAUGAAGAACCAUAUAAUAACACCAAUGAAACAAAGCUCAAACACACAAAGAAAGAAGGUGACCCAAAGUGGGGGACUAUAACCAUUAAAGGAGAUAACAUGGGAGCUUACAUGGACCUUGCAAACCAAAACAAGAAGCAAAGCAACAACAACAACAACAACAACAACAACAACAACAUGUUAAAGAAAGAAGCAUCAAAUGAUAAACCAAUGACUGCUCUUGUGAACAGUAAUGUGCAAGCCAUUAACAACUCAAUGGUCCUCAACAAUGCCUUUGCUCAUAAGAACCCCGGUGUGCACUUGAACUUGAUCAGCCGCCGCCGGCCGAUGAGCUCUGGCAACAUCCAUCUUCUCAAGGCUUAAUAAGAGGUUCUUCUCCAAUAUAUAUAUAUGUGUGUAUAUAUAUAUAAUGUUUGAAGAUUGAUUGAAUUGUAAAUGUUUUAUUGGAUGGUAAAUAAACAAAGGCGUGCUCAUGCCAUAUAUGAACACACUACACAAACACAAACAAUGAUUCCCCAUAGAAACAAAGUCUCUCCAUGUUAUUGAAUGCAGGUAGAGAGAUAAGAGAGUGAAAGAGAGAGAGAGAGAGAGAGAGAAGUAGGAGAAAGGCUUGGCCUUCCCUUUGCCUAUAAGACUUGCCUACAAUGAUUUGAAUCACUUGCCACCUUCUCUUGCUUGAAGAACAAGAGCUACAGAAGGAAGCAAACUAGUUCCAUGUUUUUUCUUUCUCUUUCUCCACAUUUUUGGAAGUUGGAAGCAAGUUUGGUUUCUUGCUGUACUAUGAAUAUUGUUAUCAGUGGA